AUGUAUUGCCAGAAAUGUCGAACGCCGCUGAAGACGGACGGCUCGCUGGAGUCACUUAAUCCGGCUGCGUUUGAGGUGCUCGUUAACUCCACGGGCAAGACCGUCUCCGAACAUGGCGCUAUAUCCUCUUCCACUCGAACUUCAUAUCCUUCAGAGCGGAAAGAACUAUACGAUAAAAGCUCUCGAAAUGCUACGUCGGCGGUCUACAGAAGGUCCAUACCCGCCCCGCGGUCGGGCCAGUCGCACCCGCCGAGUCUGCCUCGGGGCGACAGUGGAAAUAUGUCCUUCGUGGUGCUGACGGACUCGCAAAUCAUGCCUCCUGCUGUGGACCCUUCUUUACCCUCUCGACCCAAACGAAACAGUGUCGGCCAGAAUCAUGACCCCGGUCAGGAGGAUAGCGCAUUUGCCAGUCAAGUCGAAAAGACGACCCGAUUGUUCGAGAUUUUGUCUGCGCGCUCAGAUAUAGAUCACCCUAUCUGUGUGGAAUGUACGGAUCUACUAGUACAGGAGCUACAGAAACGACUGACCGGGGCGACAAAGGAGCGCGAUGCGUAUAUCACGUUUCUGCGAAACUUGAAUGCAUCAGUCCCAACCGCGGAAGAGCUAGAGGCAGCUGAAAAAUCCCUCCAGGAAAUACGGAAAGCUGAAGAAGCCGCCUUUGCAGAACUUGAAACGCUAGAGCGCGAAAAGGCCACGCUGGAUGACGAGAUUGCCAAAUUGGAAGAAGAGUCCCAACAGCUAGACGCGGACGAGGAUCAAUUUUGGCGAGCCAGAAAUGGCUUUUCUUUGACACUCGCAGAGUUUCAAACCGAGCGAGAUGCGCUCAACAUGCGCUACGACCAUGACUCCCAGCAGCUGGAGCGGCUGCAAAGGACGAAUGUCUACAAUGAUGCGUUUUGCAUUGGUCACGAUGGAUAUUUUGGUACGAUCAAUGGACUGCGGCUGGGCCGCCUCGCCAACCCCUCGGUCGAGUGGCCCGAGAUCAACGCAGCAUGGGGCCAGACAUGUCUGCUCCUUGCCACGAUUGCAGAGCGUCUAGGCUUUCAAUUUCAGGGAUACCGGCUGCGGCCACUAGGGUCCACCUCGCGGGUGGACAAGAUUGAGUACCCGCAGCAGGCAGCCGGCAGCGCUGUCAGCGAGCGGGGCUCACCCAAAACGACGCCCUUGGAUUUGUUCUCGUCCGGAGACCUUCCGCUGAACUUCCCCUGGCUGCAUCGCCGCUUUGACGCAGGUAUGGUGGCGUUUCUCGAAUGUCUGCGCCAACUGGGAGAAUUUGUUGAAACAACCCCUGCGCCCGUGUCGUCACCGCGUCGAGGUCAGACGGGCGCGGUGGCGGCGGGUUUGCGAUUGCCCUAUGAGAUUAGACGGGAUCGCAUCGGGGAUGCUAGCAUCAAGCUUGGCUUCAACCAGAAUGACGAGACGUGGACAAGGGCGUGCAAGUAUACGCUGACUUGCUGUAAAUUCCUCCUGGCUCACGCUAGUAAUGUCGCCGGCGCUGGAUCCAGCAACUCCGCUGCUGUAGCUGCGGCUGCUGUCAAUGCCGCUGACCCAACCCAGACGCGUCACGCGGCUCCCGGUCCUGUCCCGAAAGGACCCUGA